AUGCAAAUACCAAAUACGGUCCGGGUAGGCCUGGGAGCCCAUGUCAUCAACCGCACCGUCUACCUUAGAGUGCAGCCGAUGCCGGAAACACUGGCCGAAAGACGGGCGGUGCUUCGGAUGCUGCAGCGCUCCGGCGAGGUCCAGGUCUUCAAGAAGCUACGCCGUGAGGAUUCCUUCAUCUCCAUUUUCCGAUCUAGCAAAGAUGCCAUAGAACUUGUCAAGCGCGCCCCGAUCCGCUACGAGCUCGUUGUAGAGAACACAGGUGUCAACCUCAUGGAUUCGCGGGACAUAACCCCGACCGUCGCCCCGAUCGAAACCAUGGCACAUGGGACGAGCGACACCGAAACGCCGGCGGCCCAGUCACAGCAAUACGCCGAACUGGAAACAGACGAACCCCUACCGGAGCAGCUGCCGUUGACACCCGAGCAGCAGCAGGAGGAUGGCGACUCGUCGGCACCAUCUUCGACCUUUUCCACGGUACGGCAGCGGUCCUUUAUGCUGUCGGCCUUCAUCACCAACCGACACGCGCACUACACGCAUAUCCGGCGGUCGCGGUUGUACGGACCCUGGGAGCGCGAGCAGCACGCCGCCCAAACCUUCAUGUCGCGGGCGCUGCGGAACAUCGUGCCCUCGGACCAUGACAGUCAGCCCUUUGCCGACUGGAUCACGAGCGACCAGCUGAACGAGGCAAGGAUCGAGGAGCACGAUGAGCAGCAAAGGUCCGGGCUAGCGACCACGUACGUCGAGGUUCGCAAGGCAAAGAGAGAACACAAGGCGUUGCUGCAGAAGAAUAUGGGCAAAAUCGGCCAGAAGCCCGUGCUUGCGGAUAGGGUAUCUACAGUGCAGUCAGAUUGCAGAAUCGAGCGAUGGGGUCUCAUCUGCAUUUUUGAAUUGGCAGCGCCACAUGUUGUCAUUUAUGCUGCCCGGCUCGCGAGGGCAACCAAGUAA